UUUUAGCGUUUUGUCAACGCCAACUCGGUCUGUUAUUAACAAGCAACUUCGCUCUCGAGCUACGCCAGAUGGAUUUUCCAAACGGGCUCACGCGCUCCUAGCAAAGUUCAGAACGAGACGUUAACCUUUCAACAUUUCUCAAACGCGAUUGGCUCCUCGUUUCAACAUUUUCAACAUUUCUCAAACGCGAUUGGCUCUUCGUUUCAACAUUUUCAACAUUUCUGAAGCGCUAUUGGCUGUAAUGCUCAGCAUGUUUCUACGUUUGUUUUAGUUCGUAUUUACCGAACACUAUGUGUUUUAAGAGUACAGUAGUAGACCAAAACGUGAUGUCAGAAGUGGGAUUCGAACCCACGCCUCCAGAGGAGACUGCGACCUGAACGCAGCGCCUUAGACCGCUCGGCCAUCCUGACCCAUAUUAGCCGUUUUAGCCCGUUAGCUAUACAACCGUUUAUGUGUCAAAUUUCUUUAAAUAUGCCUCACCUAUAAUUGCAACAGGCAUGGGAUGGGCUCUGUUAUACAAUCAUACAACCUCUGUGUCGGUAAACGCUGUACUAUGGACCAUUUGACAGAAGUUACUCAGCACACCUGCAUUUAGCUAAGCUAGCAGCAGCUCGGCACAAAGCAGUCCUCCUGGUUCACACAUAAACUACUGACAGUCGUGGCCUCCUCUCCUCCACACAAGGCAUCAAAAUCCCACAAGGCAAUGCCAGACACUGUCUGGAUGGCACGGCUGAGAAGCUUCGCCGCCACAGGGCCAUGGCCAGCAGAUGAGGGCAACAGGCCAGCACCCAGACAGAAGAAGUGGUACGAGCUGUAUCAAAGGAUUGAGAAAUGUCCCAUGAUGCAGCAUGGGCAGAAGUCCUUGUUUGGUGGUGUCGGGAGAUGUUUGUGUGGAUUCCACAUCCAGAAGCAGCCAUCUUCUACAAGCCCGGAGGCUUCAGCUGCAGGUCCUGCCCACGCUGCUCCUACACGGCAGACGUCCACUGCAGGUCCUACCCACGCUGCUCCUACACGGCAGACGUCCAUUGCAGGUCCUACCCACGCUGCUCCUACACGGCAGACGUCCCCUGCAGGUCCUACCCACGCUGCUCCUACACGGCAGACGUCCCCUGCAGGUCCUACCCACGCUGCUCCUACACGGCAGACGUCCCCUGCAGGUCCUACCCACGCUGCUCCUACACGGCAGACGUCCGCUGCAGGUCCUACCCACGCUGCUCCUACACGGCAGACGUCCCCUGCAGGUCCUACCCACGCUGCUCCUACACGGCAGACGUCCCCUGCAGGUCCUACCCACGCUGCUCCUACACGGCAGACGUCCCCUGCAGGUCCUACCCACGCUGCUCCUACACGGCAGACGUCCCCUGCAGGUCCUACCCACGCUGCUCCUACACGGCAGACGUCCGCUGCAGGUCCUGCACUAGGACAAGUCCAGGGAGCUGAAAGCCACAAGCGGAAACCACCACUGAACUUGUCCAUGUUUAUCAAGCCAAGAUUUAGUGGUGCACAUCUUACAUCUGCAAAGCCAAAUCUAGCCAGGGCCAGGCCCAGGAACAUGACUCAGAUAUAUAGCAAUCAAAAGUCAACUGUAUAAAAGUGGAUUGUUUAUACAAGUUACUUAAUGCUCUAUUUUACAGAAACAAGUCACAGAAAGCUAGGAGAUCCCGGGUUCUCCAGUCAGCACUGCCAUCUCAGUGAGUGAUUACCUUUUCAGCUAGAGCUUCUGUAGUUCUACACUUCAUUAUGUGUACAACAUUAAAGUGUUCUUCUACAGAUUUAAAUAUCUGAUAAUGA